AGGUUAGUAACUUUCUUGAGAAGCUGGGUAAGCAGAGCAUGCCUCGUUUUUACGUACUUUCAACAUAAUCUUCCAAGUAAAGCAUCCUUUCGUGCUGGUGCUUCGUUGCCUGUGAAUCAUCAGCUUGCUGAAUACUUUUAUAUUGAAAAAAAGGUGCAUUGAACUUCUUCUUAGUUAAAAUGAUACGACGAAGUCCAACAAGAAUCGACUUACGAUUAGAUGAUCUGCAAGAAUAUGAAGCAAUGAGGAAAGCUCUUGAAGCUAAGAAAGAAUCAGAAAGACCGCCAACAUUUAAUCCUCCUUCGUGGGGUGGUAAAGUACCGCAAAGCGAAAUUCAAGAACGUAUCGGUUAUAUGCCACAACAAAAUCAACCUACGCAUUCUCGACCAAAUAUAUAGUUUUUUACGUAAUAUAUACAUAUAUAUAUAUAUA